GAAAGGGUGACACAUUGCAUUAUCCACGCCUCAUCAAGACUUGCUACGUCAACUCUUCCCACAUUUUCCAUCCGUGAAUUGUUUUUUAAUUCGUCUUUAUCACCACAAGCAUGUUUUCUCCGUGAUGCUUUACGCUGAAUCAGACAUGGCCGCUGAAAAAAUUCAAUGGUUCAACUACAAUCUUCCAAAAGAAGAGUGGACAGAAGAAUGUCCUGAAAGCCUUCGCGAUGCAAGCGCAAAAGAUAGAGGCAUCAUCGGUAGUCUGGAUGAAGAUUUUAAGCCGAUGAGUUGGGAGGAGGUCAAGCAUCUCGUUGCAAUCAAUCGUAUCGAUAAGUUCCAAAGAAGCCCGUCCGAACUCCGCCGUUACCGUCAGUACAUCUACCAUCUCAAAAAGAAUUACGGUUCUGUCAUGAACUUUAUCAUCAAGCAUCGCUUACAGUGGAGCGACGUCAACCCAACUGGUCCACCUUUUUCGAAUCCUGACGAUAUCAAAGUCCUUUAUAACGAUUGGCCAUAUGGCAUCGACAAAAGAAUCGUUCAUCUUGUAGUCUGGGUCAAAUUUGAUAUUGAGGACGAUCCAGAGACCGACCGUCUAACCCCCUCGGCGUGGAAGCAGAUUCAGGAUUAUGUAAACGAAACAUUCUGUUCACAGAUGAACCCGGAUCACGUUGUGUGGUUUAAGAACUGGAAAAGCUUAAAGAGCAUUCACGCUGUCGAGCACUUUCACGUAAUGCUAUAUGAGCCCGACAUGGCAUUUGUGCAUUCCAUAACCAAUGGAGACAUGCCUCAGAGCGCAAUUGAACAGAGGUCGAACGAAUCCGAUACAAUAUCUGCCAACGGGAGUAUAUGAUUGAAAGCAAAGUAGACUUCUCACCGCAGAACGAGAAAAUAGGAACCCCAAGAAACGUAUAGACAGCAUUUAGACCCAGCGAAUACGCGCUUGAAUUGUAUUUCACGGAAGUUGGUUGAAUGCAGUCAAAGGCCACUCAAAGGUUGGACUUCUGCACACCUUCGGUAUCCUCAAUCCUAAAAACAUACUUCAC